UUGUGCGCGAUUUUUUCCUCCACCCCUCCGCCCGACGUCAUUGGGAUUUCGCGCGCCCCUUUUGUUUACACUCGGGCUUGUGCGAGAGAGCGAGGAGAACGGCGGAGCGUCGGACGGACGGACGGACAGACGCGCGGAUGCAUGGGAGCUCGCUGCGACAUUAAAUGAUAUCCAACUGAUACGCUGCAAUGAAUUUUCCACCGUUUGGAGGCCAUUUCCCUGGUGCCAUACCGAGUAUCCAUCAGUUUACGACGGAGGGCUCGGGUGGUGCCAGUGCUCGCUACGCUAAUCACUUUUCCAACCAACCUCCCAUUGGAGUACCAGUGGUGGCAAAGUAUAGGCACGAAGCAAAUAGCGUCCAAAGUCAGUCCCAGGUGAUGAUGAACAAUAAAACUGCCUAUUCCAAUAGCAAUGUUCAUCAUUAUUCAAACGUGCCAUACUCCCAAGCCCAAGGUGUACAACAGCGACCUUCGAAUUCACCUAGUAUGCAAGAAAAGCGUUCUUAUCAUCAGACAACGGAGACGAUAAAUCAGCAAGACGUGUGCAACCUUCUGCAGGACAGUAGCGGCAAGGACAAGAGCAGCAAGGACAAGCAAAAGCAGGCUGCGGAGGAGCAGCAACAGCAGCAACGUAACAAUGGCGAGGCGACGACGAACGGGGGCAAUCAGCAAGACUACAUGCACCAGCAUCAUCAGCAGCACGCGCACACGCAGACGCCGGCUUCAAUGCCGGCCACGUGGCAGUCACUGGCGACACCGGGCUCCACCGUCGCUGACUACCUCAGCCACCUGCCUGCGAGUACGCUGCCCCUGAGUCUCCAUCAUUUUCUCAAGUACUCGGCGGAGAGCAUAAAAAAGGAAUCCGAAAUGGCCCAGACGACGACAUCAGUGGCAGCCGCGACCACUACCACGCCCAACAUCAUGAUGUCGCCCAAUAACAAAAAGAAGAAGAAGAAGAAGGCGCCUAAAGAGAAGAAGCCCCGUCCUAAGCCAGGCGAAAUACGAUUAACCACGGCGCUAGAUGGUUCGACCCUAUACUGCUGUCCAGAGUGCCACAUGGCUUACCCGGAGCGCGAGCUUCUGGAGCAGCAUCUCUUGGGACAUACGCUCGAGCGAAGAUUCGUCUGCGAUAUUUGCGGUGCUGGAUUGAAACGUAAGGAUCACCUGACGCGCCACAAGCAGAGCCACAAUCCGGAGCGGCCUUACGUCUGCACAGUUUGCCUCAAAGCCUUUAAAAGGAAGGAGCAGCUGACGCUGCAUUUUGUCAUUCACAGUGGCGAAAAGCGCCACGUGUGCACCGAAUGCGGUAAAGGAUUUUAUAGGAAGGACCACUUGAGGAAGCAUACCAGGAGUCACAUCGCCAGGCGAGUUAAAGCCGAGCUCAGUCAGAAUGCCGCCGGACAACAGCAGCAACAGCAGAGCAGCGUGACGAGUAGCCUGCAGUCGGGUGGCAGUGGCUCGGGCUCGAUCCUGCCUUCCGGCCACCCAGGCGCCGCUCUCUUGUCCUGAGCCCCGCCACCCGGGAACUUCCAAGUUCCCCAUCCGGCCAACCUCCUUCACGCGCACGGCGUAGGCGGGGGUGGCGCUGGCGGUGG